ACAAUAUAUAAGAUAAAAUAAUAUUCACUGCUACCCUGUAAAUUUAAAAUUUUAAACAUGGCGACCUGACAACAGACGCGAAAAUUUAACAACAAGGACAAUAUCGAUAGGACAAUUUACCUUGUUCUAUGUUUGGGACUUAACAGCUAGCCAUGACCUCUAAGGUGGACAUGUCCUUAGAAAAAGGGACAACCCCUUCUCUUCCUGCUUUGAGGGAAGGACAAAGCAGUUUGAUAGCCCCCCUGCAUGGUCCCCAAUCAGUGACACCUAGACAGAAAGCAUCACAAUGGGCACUAGAAACAAGACGCAGAAUUAACAAUUGUAUGGAGGCUAAUGAAGUGAAGAAAGAAGAUGUUUUAAUGUUAAAGAAAGAUCUUGUAGCAGUUUUUAUAACUGCUUUACAACAAGACAGUCGAGAUUCCUGGGUUUACCUCCAUGAAGUAUUAGGAAUAGUAGAACCUUAUAAAGUAUACCUUGAGAAGUUUGACCUUAAAACAGAAAUGUACCAUUACAUAGAAAGACUGAUUCACCAUGCCGACAACAACAAAGAAAAACUUUUUGAUCUACAGUUAGCAGAUUCCUUGUCAAAGAUAUUCUCUAAGGAAGUAGAUAAGAUUCGACAAAUUGGAGCCUUUCCUGCCAGGAAUUAUUGUGCUGUACCUCCAGCUCCAGUUAUGAAGAUCAGUGCUGGUUCUCCCAAAAAGUCCAUGCAGUCACCCAGGGCAUAUUUCCAGCUUCCUGAUGGGACAAAUCCGUAUAAAACUCAUGUUUCGCACAGAGAAGAUAAAUACAUGCUGGCUAAACCAUUAACAAUAAGAGAUAUGAGCAGGUCAAUUGCAGAUGUAGCGGCAGAGUUAGCUGCUCGAGAGUCUAUAUGGAGUCAGCAUUAUGGAACAGUAACCCAGGCAUUAAGGACAGAGAUACCAGAAGAUGAUGAAGAAAAACCUGAAAAGGAACCAGUUUCAAAAGCUUCAACGCCCAGGAGUUCUCUGACGUCUCUGUAUGGAAAGAAAGAGAAAAAGACUCCUAGAAUUGAGGAGGAGAAAGUACUUGUGAUGACUGGACGAGAAGCCGUAGAAUACUUCGCCAAACUUCAUCAUGUGGGAAAAAUAGAAUCAAUUCAUUUUAACAUAGUUCCACAUAGACAUUAUAAUCCCUAUGACUUGAUAUCUGUACAGAAAAACAAGGUGAACACAGAACAUUAUGUAUUCUCUACAUUUGGAGUUUUACAUGUGUACCCAGAUCAACCUUCAGAAACUAUGAGUUUAUCUGACUGGCAAAGAGAAGCAGUCCUGUGGAACGCUGUUUCUAAAAUACCUUUUUUCAAAAACUUUCUCGUCAUGAAGAGUUUUCAAAAAUGGAGAUACAAUAGAAAUACUUUAGAUUUUAUGAGGAAAAGAGAAAAAGUGAAUAAUAGAUUAUUGCAAGCUGUUCCUGCCUUUGGUGCUGCUCUCAUACAGGUUUCAAGGUUACUAAAAGAACUUGUCACUGUUAAAUUUUUACCCAUUGAAAAAGAUAAAGUAUACUUAUUACCAGAAUUUGAGAGUGAAGUCAACUACAAGAACAUGCAAGCAGAGAAAGUAAUAGAAAAAUUCUUUGGAUAUUGUAAGAUGAUGGUGGAUGUUACUGCUGAAGCUUCAUUCAAGAAACUACAUCACUGUGAAGAACAAGUAAAAAAGAAAGCUGUAUUUUCUAAAGACUCCCUUCACCUGCAGAGGAUAAAGCAUGAACAAAGACAAGUUAACCUUAUCAAAGCCAGGAAUGAAACAGGUCGUCUUGGUAACUUUGUCAAGCUAACAGAUCAGCUGAUUGUAGAACACAUGUAUGAGAUUUGUAAGACACAAGUUAUACAGUUUGUUAAUGAAGUGUUAAAGAACCAUUCAGAAACUGAAGGAUUCUUCAAAGUUUUCCUGGUUUUUACAAAGCAAGAUACCCUUGGACUGUCACCAAGUAAGGACAAAUUAAUAAAAGCAUUAUCUAGUACUCUGAAGGGCAUUCCUAAGGUGCUGUGCUCUAAUGCAAUUCCUAUAGAUGGUUCCCUGCCUGAUUAUCAUACAGAGGAAACAGAUCAUAUUAAGUCUGAAGCGGCUGAAAAACAUGAGAGAAGAAAGAGUACAGCUGCUGCCACUAUGGCUACUCUUAGACGAGAGAGUUUAACUACUUUAACAGUUAGUUCACAAAGACGGGACAGUGUGUUACCAGCUCAGUCACAGGCAGGGGAAACAGUGGCAGGUGAUACCAUUAUAGAAGAGGAGGAGAAUCAGGUUACUAAAUCUAUAGCAGGAGGAGAUGAUGAGGGUAUUGGUAUACCUGAUUUACCUCAGCCUGAUAUAAAAUCUAAAGAGGAGGAUGAAUUAGGUAUUGCAACCCCAGACUUGGUACUUCAUGAUGAUUCUACACAGCUAGUGGUUAGAGGAGAAGGCUUUAUGGGACAAUACAGUCCUCUGACUAAGGCUAAUCUAGAGGAGAAAUUACAACAAGAUAAGGUUUAUUCAGCUGCCAUACAGUUUCAAGAAAACAUGAUGUUAGAAGCUUUAGAUGAGAUAGACCAGUACUGUAAACAUCAUAGCUGGCUUAGUGAGAUACAUCACUUCUGUAAAAAAUGGAGUGACAAAUCUUUAAAGGAGAUCAAAGGAGUCCCAGCAUUUCAAAUAGAGCAAAAAUUGAAUGACAUUAGAAGUUGGUCAGAGAAAGUGAAAAUAUUUGAGAGAAACUUCACCACAGAAAAUGGUUUAUUUUAUGUGGACUGUUUAGCUAUACAUGAUUAUUUGAUACCAAGGCUGAAUGAUAUCUAUACAGAAGUAGGAAUGUUUGUUGCUGAGGAAGCUACAACUCUCGCUAAUAACUUCUGUGAUGAAAUGAAAGAAACAAUUGAGAGUUUGAAAGAUAAAAGUGAUGAGAUCGAUGCAUUUGCAACAUAUGCUAAAAACUUUAACCUAUAUAAGAAGAACAGUCCUAUAUUUCAACAGAGAUGUGAAUACGUUAAAUUACUGUUUGAGGUGGUUAGAAUGACGUACAGACAAUUAACACCUGAGGAAGAAAGAGAUGACAGUAAUGUCCGGGCCCGCUGGGAUGAAUUCAUGUUAACCAUGCAAGAGGCUGCAGUAUUUGUUAAUACUAAAACACCACUCAUGACUCACCAGUUAGAAGACACACAUAAGAAACUGGAUAUGGAAGCAAGAGAAUUAGCUAAAAUGGCAACAUCAGAACACUUCCUAGACCCAGAACAGAAUGCUUCAAAGAUCCUUAUUGAAAUGAGAAGAAUCCGAGAUAAAUUUUACCAUGUCCAGAAACAGUUACACCAGGCUAGUAAGUGGAGAGAGGCUAUUGUAGGAGAACCAUAUGAUUUGACUUUCCUGAACGAGAUUACAGUCAAUAUAGAUGUACUGCAGGAGUUAUGGAAGUAUAUUGAAGUCUCUAGACAUGCUAUCAAAGACUGGAAACAAAUGCUUUUCAAAAAGAUGAAUAUAAAGAAGGCUUUAGAGAAAGUGAUUGAAUGGCAAGCUGCAGCUGCUCAACUUAAACCUUACCUCGAUAAAAAAUCAUCACUUCCAGAGGCAGAAAAAUUACUUAGUCAUUGGUUUACAUCACUCAAUGAAUUCAAGAAAGAUCUACCAAUACUUCAUAAACUAGCCAAUGAUGCUUUGAAGGAAAGACAUUGGAAGGCCAUAUUUGUUGGCAUGAAUGAAUCAUAUGACUCAGACAAACAGUUCACAGUAUGUGAUCUCUUGACCUAUGACCUGGAAGAGAAUGAUCAGUUGAUACACUCUAUCUAUCUUGGAGCUAUAGCAGAAUAUGACCUUGAGUUGAAAAUCAAUCAAAUAAGUAAAUUCUGGGAAGAGAGAGAAUUUAAACUAGCCAAACAUAUCCCUGACAGUGUCUUGAGUUCAAAAGAACCAGAGUUGUCGUCAAACUGGUACACAAUGCAAAAUGAUACUGUACGAUAUGCUCAAACUCCACCUACAGAAGCUGAACGUGAAUUGGACCUUCAGAGCCUUGCUGAACCUCCCAAGAAGCCAUCAAGUCCACGUCGGCGUACAAAGUUAGAAAAGUACCGCCAAGAAAGGGCUGCUGCUCUGGCAGGAACCCCUAAAGGAAUGAAUGUAGCUGAAGACGAUUUCUAUAAACUUAUUGAAGUGGAUGAGCUCAAAUAUCAGUUACAGGAUACUCGUAUCAGUAUAAAGGGGAUGAUGCAGUCACCUUAUCUCGGGGACAUGAGACAUUCAGUAGAAUUCUGGAACAGUUCCCUACAGCAGGUGGAAGAAAUUACAGACCUUUGGUUUACCUGUCAGAAAAAGUGGCUAUACCUUCUCAAAGUGUUUGAGAGGCCUGAUUUGUUUAAAAAAUUUGGUGGACAGAAUUCCAAGUUUGAGAAUGUUCACAAACAGUUUAAAGAUUGGAUGAGAGUAGUUUCCAAUGAUUCCAAAGUUUUAACCGUUGUCAACAGAAAGCGUGGAGAGAAAGGCUACCGACUAUUACAGGGAGAUAACCUCCGCACGUUAUUCCUUGGUUUGAUUCAGUCUAAAGAAGAAAUCCUAAAGGACCUAGAAACACUUAUGGGACUUUCUCGUAUGGAGUUCCCACGUCUUUACUUCAUCAGCAAUGAAGAACUGGUAGAGGUUCUUGGUAUAUCUAGAAACCCAAAAGCUUUGCAAGACUGUGCUAUGAAAGUUUUCCCAGGAAUACAAGAUCUUAGUUAUGCAUUACCCUCUGGCAUAGCAAGCAUGAAUACCAAUUUGGAUUUUGCAUUAAAUGCUGACAAACUUGAGUUAACAGGAAUGAAGGGAUUAUUGGAAGAAGAUGUACCAUUCUUUGUCAGAGUACAGGCACAUCAGAAGGCAACCAAAUGGCUUAAAUGUCUGGAACAGAACAUGAAAAAUACCAUGACCGUUAUCCUUCAAUGCUGUGUACAAGCCAGGAUGGAGGAAGGAUCUCGACAGCCAAUUCAUCUGUUAGAGGAGUUAGCCAAGUUAAACAAACCAUUAACACCUAGAGAACAUGAGAUAACCACGGACAUAAAACAGACAUUCCGUCACUGGCUGUUACGUUUCCCUGUACAGUGUGUUCUGGUGUCUGAAGCUAUACUCUGGGCAAGAUCAGUUUCUAAAUGUUUUGAGAAGGGAGACAUUGAAGAAAUGAAAUUUUUGAGGAUGAACACCACCUCCAAGUUAGACCAGUAUGUAGAGGUCCUGAGAGAGACAUAUGGUAUGAAGGGAUAUGUUGCUGAGGAUGUCAUGAAAAGAUUAAGUGUGUUAUUGUGUAACUUGAUUAAACAGACACUACAUCAGAGGGAUAUGCUAGAUAAAAUGAUUUGUGAUGGCACUGAUGAUGAAAGCAACUUUGAAUGGCAGGCGAGUCUGAGGUAUCGUAUGGACAUCCAUACUGUCCUCCGAGCUAAGACUGAAGCUGUAGAUGUAGAGAUACUACCAUUUCAAGUAGGAAGGAAAGGAAGUAGAGUAAGAAAGACAACUCUUGCCAAACCAAGAGUUGAGGCAACCAUAGAAGAACCACCAAUGCUGACAAGGACUAAGACAACUGUAUCCACAGAUUAUCAUUUUAGCCUGUGUUAUCUCCAACAACUAGGGAACCAGUUUAGUUAUGAUUAUGAAUAUCAAGGUCCAAUACAGAGACUGGUUCUUACACCAUUGACGGACCGAGCUUUCUUAUCUUUGACACAAGCCCUUAAAUACUUCCAAUGUGCCACUCUGAUUGGACCAGCUAGUGUUGGCAAAUCAGAAACAGUUAAGGAACUAAUGAAGCUAUUUGGUAGAAAUCUUGUGACUGUCAAUUGUAAUGAAGACAUAACACUGCCAAUGAUGACUCAAUACAUGGUGGGCAUGGUACAGUCAGGGACUGGUGUCUUGUUUGAUGACACAGACAGACUAACUAGAGGGUUGAUGUCUGUAACAGCUCAACACUUUGACUACAUCAGGACGGCUCUAAAGACAUUACAAGUCUGUAGUGAAAACCAGUACAAGAUUAGAGGUCAACCAAGAUUUGAUAAAAAAGCAGGCAUUGGUGACAAAGUUAUACGCAGAAAUUCUUUGACAACACUUCAUCCCCUGCCUACAGCUUCAAUGAAAACAGAAAGACAAAAUACUGUGCCUCAUGGAUUCAAUGAGAAAGGUCUUGUGACAUACUUUGAAGAUGCCUGGGUUUCAGAGAAAGAUAGAAGAAGAAGACAUUCAAUAGAGAAAGAAAUAGAGAUCAAAGAAUCAGAUUUAUAUAAGAAUAACAGACCACCACCAUUGUUCUAUGAACAUGUUAAAAGUAAAAACAAAAGGUCAACAGCACCAGAUUAUAGCAAGCUUCUCCAGGAAACAGAAUACGAGCAGCAGAUACUUGGUAACAUCAUGUUCAAUGGGAAGCUUAUCCAAGCCAGUGCUAACUUUUCAUGUUUUAUGUCCAUAAAUACAAGCAAUCCAGCUUAUGUGGAUAUACCAGAAGUAUUUAAGAAUCUGUUGAGACCGUGUGCUCUUAUAGUACCAGAUUUUUACAUGAUAACAGAAACAACUUUGUGUUGUCAUGGUUUCCAGGAAUAUAAACCACUGGCUAGAAAAAUCACAUUUAUACUCAAGAUGUUAAAAAAUCAGCUUCCAAGAAAAACCCAGUAUCAGUUUGGAUUGAAGGAUAUCAAAAACUUGGCAGAAGUUGCUACUGCAAAACUGAGGGAUGAAAGAUUUAUUGAAGAACUCAGAGAAGGAGAGAUUGGUGAGACUCCUAGGUCUGAUUCCUCCAGUGAUGUAGAUAAAUCUUUAGAGGAACACUGCAUGGUAUACUCUCUGAAGGCUGUCAUAUCUCCUAGUCUGGAGGACGAGGAUGAUAGAACUGUAUUUAUGAACCAUCUGAGAGAUACGUUCCCAAUGUGUGCCAGUUCACGAGGAACAUCAGAACAUGUCUAUAACCAUGAACUGGUCAAAUCUCUAAAGGAACAGUUCAAGGAAGAUAAUAUGGUUCUUACUAAAGAGAUGAUAGCUAGGAUGUUACAUAUGAACUCUGCCAUAGAGAUGAGAAAGGGUAUUAUCCUUUCUGGACCAUCUGGUAGUGGUAAAUCAACAGCUACUCAAACCUUAUCCCGAGCUAUUAACAGGCUCAAUUAUCUCCUGUUUGCUCCAGAUCAUUCCAAAGAUGAAUUAGCUACGGACAGAGACCUUAUCUUCCAUCAGAAGAAAAAGCUAAAGGAAAAUGAAAGUGGCAGUAGUGAGGAUGAAAUGGGUGAUGAAGAAACCUUAGAUAAAGUUGGUGAACUUGAUGAGGAAUUUUUGUCAGCCUUAUCAGCCCCGGAACCAAAAGCAGACAAGACUAAUUUCAGGAAGUUAAAGAGGAUGACAAAUGUGAUAGGAAAAGUAACCGAGGCCAUUCAAGAUUUAGCCAUUCACAAAAUAAAGGAAGUAGCAGAAUAUCCUAAAGUUGAUGUUGUUACAUUGAAUCCAACUGCAGUCUCCCCUCAGGAGUUCCUUGGAGCCUUUUCUGAUGGGAUAUGGCAGGGUGGACUAUUUCCUAAGAUCCUAAAGGACUCAUCAUUUCUAUCUGAUGCUGUGAGAAAUUACAUCAGUGGUUUAAAGGACAAGAAAAAUAAAGGACAGGAUCUACCUUCAGUGUUAGUACGGUGGAUUGUAUUAGACGGAGUUAUGCACCCUGUUUGGACCGAGAGCAUCAAUACUUUAUUUGAUGAGGAAAAUAAAUUAUCAGUGGCCAAUGGAGGAAGUGUGGAUUUACAAGACACAACAGCACUGAUUUAUGAGACUAAUUAUCUAUCUGAUGCCUCUCCAGCAACUCUGGCUCGUUGUGUUAUUAUAAACUUUGGUUCUGACACUGUGCAUUGGAAUUCAUUAUUUGAAUCCUGGAGAACAACUGCUAAAUCAAGAUGGGUCCUGACCUCAGCAGCAUUUAAAGUAUGGGAAGAGUUAGGCAGAGACAUAUUUCCUCCUACAUUGAAGUUUCUUAAGAAUGAAUGUUGUUCAGCACUAAUGACAGAUGUUGGUUCCGUAUCAGACGAAGUCAAUACAGGGAUACAGGAAAUCAGUUCUUUCCUAAAGAUCCUCUCCACACUAUUAGAUAAGAUGUUUCUCAGGGAUGAUUUUGAGAAGAAACAGAAGUCAAUGGAACAUGAUGAUGAUAAUCGUAAAACUCCCAGCAGUAUGGCACCAUCUCGACAGGCAACCAGCCGUAUGACCAGUAGUUCCCAGAUAGAGCACCUCUUACCAAAUUAUUUGGAAAUUCUGAAAGGAAUGUUUGCAUUUUCCUACAUCUGGAGCUUUGGAGGACACAUACAUGAAAGAUUCAAGGAUAAAUUCAGCAAGUUUUCCCAUGAUGCUAUGUACAGAGCAACCCAUCCUAUUCGUAUCCCUUUCCCAGCAACUGUCUUUGACUAUUGUUUAGACGAAACCACAGGCACAUUCUUGAGAUGGGGAGAGAAACAGCAAGAAAGAUCUAAGAUUUUAGCAGGAGGCUAUAUGAUAACUCCUGAUGUUGAGAAGUAUAAUUACUUAAUAGAACUGAUGCUGAAUGCUCAACACCCUGUGUUACUGACAGGAUUACCAGGUGUUGGCAAAACUACUCUAAUACAGAAUACUGUGUUGUCGAAACAGACCAGUACCAAUAUCCUGAUGUCCAGAGGUAUGACUAGUUCAAUCUUCCAGAAUACAAUGGUAUCACAUAUCUUAGAACUUAAACAUAAGAUAGCUAACAGCCUACCUACGUCAGGAGUAACUGCUGGACGAGGGAAACAUACACAUCUGUUCUACAUAGAUGAUCUCAAUACAGCACCUACCAAUGUUGAAGGGGGGUAUCAGCCACCUUUGGAAUUGUUACGUCAAAUACUAACUCAACGUGGAUGUUAUGACCGACAGAGAAAAGAAUUCCAGGAUAUGGAAGAGGCCAUGUUUUUAGCUUCUACAACGCCACCUAGUGUAGCAGGGUAUGGAUUAGGGAAAGCAAGUCAUGUGAUGUCAACUAGACUGACACGCCUCUUUGUCAAUCUAACCGUGUUUACCCCUGCACCUGAAACCCUCCUCAGUAUGCAUGGUAGAGCAUUACAGAACUGGCUAGAAGAAUUUCCCACAUACAGUGUAGAGCAUCAUUUUGAAUUUGCCAGGGCAAUGACUCUAGGAUUGCUGGACCUGUAUGGUCGUAUAAAGGAAAAGCUCCGGCCUACACCAACCAAUGCCCAUUAUUUAUUUAGCUUACAUGAUGUGUCCAGAGUAGUUCAUGGUAUUCUAUUGAUGUCACCAAGGUCUAGGUCCAGAAAAAUGUUAAGAAAGAAAAAGGAUGGAGAUUCAAGAAGCAGUAGAGUAUCGCGACAGACAUCUUGGUCAGAGUCCAAGUCUCGGACAGUCAGUGGAGCUAGCGGUGGAUAUGUUAUAGAGGGAGGGUCAUCUGCUCCUAUGAUGAAGGUCAUAGGUCAACUCUGGUGUCAUGAAUGUACUAGGAUGUUUGCUGACCGACUUGUUUCUCCUGAUGAUUCCAAUUGGUUUUCCAAGUCUUUAGAGGAGACAGCUCUGAAAUAUUUCUGUUUACCCAGAGAUGAUCACAAAUCAGAGAUGACUGCCAUAUCUGAAGAAACUCAUUCACAAACUGGGCGUGGUACUCCUCAGACUACAACCUCACCACCUAUAUCAGAGCCAGAAUCUGAGGAGGAAGACAAUGAGCUGACUGCUGUAGAUGAAGUAUCUACUAUACGAGAGAACGAUGAUCAAACCACCACAUCUUCAGAGAAACUAGUCACACCCAUGGAUACACCUGUACCUCUAGGAGAAUCAACUCAUAGAACUGCUGAGUCUACACCCGGACCAAGGGGAACUCCAGAUACUGUCAGGACAAGGGCUUCAGGAGCGGAUACAGAGUUAGGUACCAAUAGAACAACUAAUGCUGAUCCUACCUCAGAGUCAGAGUAUGAGUCAGACCCAUCAGAGGAGAGUGAAAGUAGUGAAGAUGAUUCAUUGGACGAGACAGAAACAGAAACUAUAGACACAGCAAGAGCUAAAAAAACACCACUUACAGAGGUAUCUAAACAACAAUCAGAAAGCAGAGCAUCAUCUUAUUUUACAGCCAGUACACGAAUAACAGUCAAUACUAACAAAGAGUCAAGCGGUACAGACAGUGUUGAGCACGAACAGAUGGGUGUGGCUAAGACUAAAGUUGCCCCUCCCACAGAUCAAACAGCACCAGGAGCACCUUUAACCAGUAGAGUUGGUAACAUAGGAAGUCAGAUCAAUCUGAAACAAGUCAGGUCUAGUCAGGGAAGUCUGAAGUUCUCUAAGUCUGUCACAUUUAAAGCUGGACUACUGGCUGAUUGGGAGCAUGAAGCUUACUUUGGACCCCUAAUGAGUAUGGAUGAGUUGAAAGGAUCAUCAACCAGUUUGGUUGAUUUUAUUUUCUCCAAGUUUUAUAUGACAACUCACACAGAAACACUUGGAAUGGCCAUUGAAAAAGCUUAUAUGGAUGGGACAGAGGAGAGUUUAGCUGAGGCCUUAUCUACAUGUCUUAAUGUAUAUAAUGCUGGCACUUCACAGAGACUUGAUUUAGUGUUUUUCUCUGAAGCUAUCAGACAUGCAGCUAGGCUUAGUAGAGUAUUGGCAAUACAAGGAGGCCAUGCUGUUCUGUUGGGUAUGAGUUAUUCUACUGGAAGGUGUACCCUUGCUAGACUGGCAGCUUAUAUAGCUCACUGUAAGCUAUUUGAACCAAAGUCCCAGUCUGAUCCUAGUAAAAACUUAUUGAUAGUAAGAGAACACAUCAAAAGAUCAUGUUACCACAGUGGAAUUCUGGGUAAACCUUCUGUUCUUCUGGUACACGAAGACCUUGGAUCAGAAUGUCUCCAAGAUAUAUGCAGUGUUAUGGCUGAUGGUACAAGUCCAGGACUAUACAAUGAAGAUGAGAUCCAGUCUAUAGUCUCCCAUAUGAUGCCUGGUGGGGUCCAGACCAAGAGAGUAGAUAAGAUAGAACAAGCAUUUGAACGAUUCCUGAAGAAAGUCAGACAUAACCUUCAUGUGAUUGUUUGUCUCAGUAGUAAAGGAAAUAGUUUCUCCAGUAAUUUUAAUAAUUUACACAGUAAACUAAGUGAAUAUCCCGGACUUGUAAAACAUGCAGUUUCUGUAGACCUGUACAAGCCAUGGACAUUUGAAGCUUAUGUCAAGAUCGCUGAAGUGUGGCUCAGGGAUCAGAGGACAAAGGUACCAAUACCAUGGCACCCUACAAGAAUGUUGGACCAGAUUUCACUGACAGCGCAUGCCAUGGCUUACAUGCACCUCUCAUCUAAGGCUGUAAUAGAAAGACAGUUCUGCCACCAGAGGGAGCCACUGAGAUUCUAUUCUCCUUUGACCUUCAUGGAAUUUGUUCACUUGUUUAGAUUAAUAUCAGCUCACAUAGUCAAAAUGGAAAUUGAGAAUAUAGGUAAACAUGAGCAAGCUUUGGGUAAAGUGAAUGAAGCGUUUGGAAGUAUAAAUGAAUACAAAAGAGAAGUUUCAGAACUGACACCGAAGUACAAAUCUGCUACAGAUGAAAUCAAAGAUCUGGUGGCCAGAGUUGAGGACCAGAAGGAACAAUAUAUUGCUGCCUUGGAUAGAUGUAAAGACCAAGAACAGAAAAUUGAAGCUUUACAGGGACCUCUAGAACAACUGAGAAAAGAGGCACAGACAGAUUUUGAUAGGGUAAACCCUAACUACCAAGCAGCUCUGACAGCCCUUAAUGUGAUCAACAGAAAUGAUCUAGAGGAAGUGAAAUCUUUCAGAGAACCACCAGAACUUGUCAAAUUUGUUGUUAAAGCUUUAUGUUUGUUAUUCAAAGUACCUCAAGAUUGGGAGAAUGCCAAGUUAUUAUUGAUUAGAGAUAACUUUAUGGAGGAGAUGAUGUUCUUUGACAAGGACCACAUUCCAGAAGACAUAUUUGAAGAGCUGAAGACAUUUGUAUUUAAUCCUCUGUUUGAUCCUGACUUAGUCAAACAAGUCAGUCUGUCAGCGACUAACGUGUGUAUUUGGGUGCAUGCUGUAUAUAAAUAUGCCCACAUACAUCGUAACAUGCAACCAAGAUUACGUAACCUGCUAGAACAUGAGGAUAAAUUCACUCAGGCUCAAGCUAAGUUAGGACAGUUGAGAGUGGAAGCGAACAGAAUAAAGAGUGCCCUAGAGAGGGUGAUUACAUCACAUAAAGCUGCUGUCAAGAGAGCUAAGACUAUAGAGAGGCAUAUGCAGGCCAUAGAGAGAAAGAUAGCGAGAGCUGUGAAUCUUAUGGAACAUAUGUCUAUGCAGCAUUACUUGUGGAAGUCCGAGUUAAGAAAGGCUCGUCGUAAUGUUCUCACAUCACCUGGAGAUGCUCUGAUUACAGCAGCUUGUGUCUGUUAUCAUGGCCCUCUGGAGGAUAAAUGGCGUGCAGAACUUCUGCAUGAUUGGCAGGACAGAUCUAAACAUGGAAAUUACAAAAUGACAAAGAAACUUGGAGAAGAUGUUUUCCCGUUAAGUUCAAACUUAGAAGGUUUAUUUGAUGGACAUAAAGAGUUUGACACAACUAGUAGUAUGUCCCGUACUGUUACAGAAAGUAGUGUAGGUAGUGAGAGUACACUGGACAUGCCGUCAUUACCAGAAAUAAAGACAUACAAAUACCCACCGGCUGUAUACGAUACUAGUAAAUAUUACAAGUCAGAACUCAAGAAACAAGAAAGUUUUGAGUAUGAUCAGACACAGACUAUUGAGUUCGAAGAUUCUGAUGACGAGGAUGAACAGAGCACAUUAAUGAACAGGAAUAAUUUUACUCUACAAGAGAUUCUCAGUGAUUUUGAUGAGUUGAGUAAUUGGCGUCUGUCCAAUCUUCCAACUGACCUACAUUCCAUACAGAAUGCACUGUUGAUGAGAGUGAGUUGUCACAAUCGUAAGCACUGCUGGCCUAUGUUGAUUGACCCGGACAAUCAGGCUGAAUUAUGGGUAAAAACAGUUCAGAAUAGUAAAAAUGUAUUUACAGAGAAAGAUGUACAAGAGAGUACUCCAGACGAAUUAGAUGGAAUUCCCUUGGAAUCCAACAGAAGUAAGAGUAGUUCAGGUCAGUUACCACCUAGUCGUGGAACAACUCUGACCUACUCUGAUGUGUAUACUGAUGACCGUACAGCAUCUACCAAUACUCUAACUACUACAGAUUAUACUAAGAGUACAAUGGGAAGACAUUCUCGUAACACGUGGAACAGUGAAGAACUUCGACCUGUGACCUCGGUUACUAAUAGUUGGGAAAACUUCAGUCUCCAUACAGAACAGAACUUAGAUCGCCCAGAUAGUAAUUUGUGGAUAAUAGAAGCUGAUGAUCCCUCACUGGACAGUAAACUUAUAAAUGCCAUUGUACAUGGUAUAACAAUUCUGAUUACACAUAUUGAGAGGAAAUCCUUAGAUCCAGUAUUUAGAGGAUUAUUGCUGAAGCAUUUCUUUGUUGACAAAGAAGGAAAUAAAAUCAUCAAAGUUGGGACAUAUGAGUUCAGAUAUCAUCCAAACUUCAAACUUUAUCUUAGUACAUCUGUUCCACUCUUCCUAAAAGGUGAUGGAUUACACAGUAUCCCAAUACACAGAAUGUGUGUAAUAAACAUGGCCCUCAGUGAUGAAGCUAUCAUGAACCACCUACUCAGUGAAACAAUGAAAGUAGAGAAGAAAGAAUUUGAAGGACAAAAACGAUCCAAUGAAAAUGACAUUAUCUUACACAGACAAAGGCUAGCUAAAGAACAUGAACUGAUUCGAGAAAAGACCUUAAACUUGGAUGGACCACUGCUGGAAGAUCAGACCAUGCUGAAUUCUCUGCUAGCUUGCCAUGAGGAAAUUCAUAAGAACAAGCAAAUCCUAGAAGAAACUCGUUUCAUGGGAGACCACUUGGAGGAGAAAUUUGCCCACUAUCGUAUAAUGAUCACACACAUUACUGUUUUAUACAACAUGAUCAAGAAGAUGUGUGUGUUACAUCCUUACUACUAUCUACCAUUCAGUACCUUUGUGGAGAUAUUUAGUUGUGUCAUGAAAAGUAGGGACAGGGGCAAGGGAAGUGUGGGAGCACCUCAAGCAAGAGCACAAGAGUUAGCAGAUGCUUCGUCGGCAGCCAUCUUUAAAUAUGUCUCUAUGAUGAUGUUUGAACAGCACUAUCAACUGCUUCAGUUACUGGUUUCCAUGGAGAGGUUGAGAAUGUCUGGAAAAGCUACAACCAAGGAACUAAGUCUUUUUAUCAAUAAUUUUGAUAAACAAGGAAUAGAUGAACUAUCUUUAAUGGAUAGUAAACCAGGCUGGAUGGCAGGACAGAUAUGGAUAGAUUGUUUAGUGCUAGAACAACUUCACCAUUGUUAUCAUGGUUUGAGGAAGUCUUUGAUACAGAAUAGUAUACAGUGGCAGGAGUACUUUCAGCAUCCCAUUGCUAUAAUGAACCCAGUGCCUGGUAUGACUAUGCAGGAACUAUCAGUAUUCCAGAAAUGUAUUCUGUGGAAAAUAUGUGCACCUCAAAGGUUAUGUGAGUUAGCCAGUGCCAUGACCCUAUAUGAGAUGGGUAGUGUACGUAGUUUACCAGAUAAUUACAACAUUAGAGACGUCUACGCCUACACUAACAAUACUACACCAGUUGUGUUUAUGAUGCCAAAUACAUCACAUGAUAAGGGGUCUUCAUCUGCCACAAAAGGCUAUUCAUAUGUUAGUCCCACUCAUGAGGUGAAGAGGUUAGCUAAAGAAAUUGGAAUGGAAGGUAAAGUAAGAGUAAUGAACUUUGGGGUACCAGGUCAGAUGUGUGAAGUGAGACAUGCAUUAGAGGAUUGUAUACAGAAUGGAUACUGGUUACUUCUACAGAAUUAUCAUUUAGCUGAGGAACCAGAGCAAGAAUUUUAUAUUUUGUUAAAGGAUAUUGUAUACAGUAAAUGGAUAAAACAAGAGAGAAAGAGACAGAAAACAGAUAUAUCUGAUGAUGGAAAUAGCUUGGUUACUUUCUCUAAAACUGGAGAUGAAGACAAUGAAUUACACAUCCACAAUACAUUUAGGUUGUGGAUCACUACACAGGCAGACAGUGGUAGACUCAUUCCAGGUGUUCUAGUACAGUAUGGUAUUAAAGUGACAUGUGAGAAGACUGGUAACUUUAAAUCUACCAUGCAGAAAUCAUACAGAAGUGUGGCAUUCCUUCUACAGAACUGGAAACAUAUAAAUGACAGUGUUUCUGGGAAGCAAAACAAAAUAAUGCCUUUGGCUUUACUCCAUUCUCUCUUGUUACAACAAAGUUUCUAUGGCCGUAAUGCAUUUAUUAAUGACCAUCAUUGGACUUUGAGUGACAUGGCCAUGGCUGUUGAUGUUUUUAAGAAAGUGGUGUCAAAGUCUACAUCGACAGAAAAAAUAACGGACAUGGUGGCUAAAGCUUACUCUGACCAUUGCACUGAUAGUACUGAUGCUAAGGUUGUCCAGUCCUUGGUCAGUAUACUGGUUCAGUAUGCCACUGGCAAACAGAUCCCAGAGAAAAAGUCCAAUGACAUUGUAGGCUUACUGAGUACGUUACUAAUGGAAUCACCAGAGAACUUCACUCUAAAGAAAGCUGUAGACUCACUGGAGGAAAUGACAGCUAAGAACUAUGGUCUCCCUGAAACAGCUGAUAAAGAUGUCAUGUAUACUCACAGCAGGGUACUUAUAAAGGAUAUGAUCCAAGUGAUAGGAGCUCCUGAGUUAUUACUACGCGUGAACACGGCCAUUAGUUAUCGUGAAGUAUCUGUAGACAGUAUAUUACCAAGUCUGAUAUCUACUUUACAGAAAUGUUCUGUAUUACCAGAGACAAACAAAAAUCAGAUGUAUCCUAUUGAUGUCUUUACUCAUUACGAAGUAGAGGGAUAUAAAACUUUAAUUCAGACUGUUCAAUCAGAUUUGUCCUUACUUCAGCGGAGGUCAAAGGGUGAAAUAAUUACACCACCACAUUAUGAUGAUGUCAUUCACUCAAUGAACAGAGAUAGAGUGCCACAGUUGUGGCUGGCUCAAACUUUCCCAUCAUGCAGUAGUCUAACAAAAUGGAUUAAAGAACUUCCUGUGAAGGUCCAGAUCAUGUCUGCUUUAGUGAAUGAUCCCUCUCCUGUUGCUUACAAUCUCUCCAUGUUUCUCAGGCCUGACAGAUUUAUAGAGGCCAUCAAGCAGACGUUUGCCAGAAAACAUUUUGUUGAUAUCAACUCAGUAGAAUUUGAAUUGCAGGUGAUGCCUACAGGAAUUAAACCUUCGGUACCACCUAAAGAUGGGGUAUACAUCACAGGUUUACGAUUGCACAAUGCAUUAUGGGAUUCCACACGAGCCAUUUUAAUGGAAAAUGAUUCUGAAAACCAACAAGCUCAUAUCAUGCCUUAUAUCUGGUUAAAACCAGUUGAUGUCAGUUCUCCGUCCAAGUUUACAAGAAAAUAUGCAUUAUAUGACUGUCCAGUUUACUGCUCUGAUGACCCUCGUAGUCAUGGGGAUAAAUAUCUGGUAACAAAUCUGCCUUUACCAACAUUUGAUCCAGCAAGUUUUUGGUGCCAGCAUAGAGUAUUUUUGUCAAGUAGUCUGAGCAGCAAUCAGAAAUAUUGAUAUUUGUAUUAGUUUAUAAGUUUGGAAGAUUUCAGUAUUUUUCACUGCUGUUUAUGCAAAAUAGAAGAAAAGAAUUGGAUUGACUCUGUGAUAUAAAGUUCUAAAUCUUUAUGAAAUGAUCAAAUGUAAAUCUUAAAACAGUUAAAACUUGACCCUCCAGUAAGAGGUGUAAACUGGGUUCCAGUCUGACAUAUGAACAUUUUUUGUAAACCAGACUUUUUAAAUAGAAAACAAAAUUGUAUAUAAUAAUUGUGCUUAAUGACAAACAAUUCCUGCUGAACUGUGAUAGCUUUACUUGUUUAUAACUUUAUAGUCUGAUUUUUGUAAAUGUUUUUUAAUACUGCUGAAAUUUGUUGAAAACUAUCUUUUAAAAUUAUGAUUUGUUUAUUUAUUUUUUAUUAUUACUUAAAAUGUUUUACAUAUUAAGUUGGAUACACAAUAUUUUCUUAUAUGUAAUGUAAUGUGAAUUUCGAUUUUUAUUAUAUAUUACCAACAUUUUCAUUCCAACCUGCUGAACCAAACGUGGUGCCAACUUGUGAUAUGUUUUUGAGUUAUAAUAUUUACUGGUUAUCUGUGAUAUCAGAUGUGUUUUAUUUAAGACAAUAAAAUAUGAAAGAUA